GUCAGAAUGUCAUUCAGGUUCUGAAAAGCCUGAGCGCUGUUGUUAUGAGCAGAGGGGAAGGCUGUCUGAAUGUUAACCCAGACAAACUGUUGGAUGUAAUCAAGUUGACUGUCAAGAAACUUGAUCAGAGUUCUGAUAUCAGAGAAAAGGCGCAAUGUGCGAGAAUCCUCACGUCUUUUUUAACUGGAUUGUCUACGGUGGAGGUAACUGUAGAGAUGGACUGGGUGAGGGAGCUUGUUCUGGUUCUCAAGAAACUCAUCACAACCCAUUUAGCACCAGAUGAUAGUCAAGAUGUCCUGGGACUGGUUUGUGCCUUGGUCAACACCGUGGGGCCACAAAUUCUCAGCCCACAAGUAUCUAGAGGUGAUGAGUUCCUCAGGGCUGUCGUAGGCAGGGUGGCCAUAGAGGUCUAUAUGCAGCUGGACAACAUUCAUGAUUGUAACGCCUCUCAGAGGUAUCCAGUGUUGGACAAAGUUUACAAGCUGCUGAGUUCUGUCGUCCAAUUCCUAGCAGAAGUGGGAGACCAAGUUGAUUCCAACACUAUCAUCCUCAUCUACAGAAAGCUAGUGGAAAUCAGUGACAUCAUCAUGGCGUUUCUCUUCAGUGUGGCCAGUCAAGAAAUCCCAUUUCCCAAACACCACAUUGUGGUGCUAAUCUCUGUGAGAACGUUGGCGGCCAUGUUAACUGAGAUAACAGAAGAGGUAACACCUAGGAUGCUGGAGUUACUGCCUUUCUUUAACUUAUUGUGCCAAAAUGAUUUGGUCAUGGACAGGGAAAACACAGCACCACCUGCCCUAGCCAUCAAGUUUAUGGAAGCUGAUACAUGCAUUGAGUCAUGUAAUAUAGCAGAAUCUGAAGAUGCCAGGUUUGAUCCAAACCUUGGUUCAGAACAUCAUGAAAUGGAUACUUCUUCUAGUGAAUUGCCUGGUGUGUCUAGUCCCAUAGCUGAGAACUGUAACCAUGUGGACCCAAGCCAGAACACAGUUGAUAGCUUUGGUCGUCUAACUGUAUCAGCUACUGAUACUCAUGAAGCAGACAAGGACACCUUUAAAAUGCCUCCAGCAUCAUCAUCAUCCUUGACUGCUGCUGUUCUCUUGCACACAGAAGAACAGCAGCGUGAUAAUGACACAGUUAACAAAAAUGAUAUUCUUCAGGAUAAAGAGAACACAUUAUCACAGAGCAGUGAUAUUUCUCUAAGUGAAAAAAGUAUCAAAAACUUCAGAGUUUAUCAAGCCUCGGUUUAUUCAUUAAAAACCAAACCAAGGUCUGCAAGCUCGAGGAAGGUAUCAUUCGUGGAAGAAAUGCUUACCGUAAAUGAUCAAGUUGAGUCAGAACAGUGGAAACCGACGCCAGAUGAUGUUUUAGGGUAUCUGUUGCCAGUCUACAUGCAUCUGUUGGACAACCCAACAGUUUUAGAUGUAAUGGAAAGAUGUGGUACAUUCGAGACCAUUGUCGCAUUUCUGAAAACUUCUUUGUCUCGUUUGAUCGACAAUGAGAGUUCUGGAUAUCCAGAGAGCUCAACCAUCAAUGCCAUGUCAGUGAUUGAGCUGGUCUACACAAAUUAUCCAUUAGCUGCCUCAAACCUGGACUGCUUCAAGGAGUUGUUUGAAUUCUCUAUCUUGACUCUGCUAAAAUUACUGAUUCAGCCCCAUCCACCAGCUCUGGUGUGUCUGAAGCUUCUAGAAGUUACCUUGGCUACAUACAGCAUACAGAUGAGAGGUGACACAGAGACGCCAUCGUUGACCCGGAUAAAGGCAUCCCUGUGUCCACUGUUCAGUGCUGCCAUCAAAUAUCUCAGUUACUUCUAUGAGAUCCGACAACACCAGGGCUGUCAAGUCUUCUCACUGCACAUCAGGAAAGAGUUCAGAGAUAUCUGGCCCCUGGCUGAAAAAUCUUGGACCCAGUGUGUUGCUGGGCUGGGUCAGCUGGUGAAAUCACCUGAAUUCCAGGAUGCUCUGGUCGCGUCUCAAAUGUUGCCAGAAUUUAUGUCCUAUCUGGUCAGUUUAGAUGAUUCAUCUGCAUCCUCCAGAGCUGUCCGUCAAGUGAUCAAAUCCAUGUUUUCUCUGAUUGAGUCAGCGGCCGUGGGUUCAGCUGCCCUUCGUAGGCUGAUAUUUGCCCAUGGUGGCCAGGUAAUCGCCAGAAAAUUUCAGCUGAAGAAACUGGAAAGAUGCCUCGAGAGUUUUUCAAAGACGGCAUAA